CAAAAUGCUAAAAUGCUGGUCUCAAAGAAAAUAAUCCGAGUUUUCGGAUAGGUAGAGAAUGCGAAACCCAAUCAAAAGUUUUGAAAGUCGAAAAAUGUUGUAUACUGAAGCUUGGACCAGUAAGUAGUAACAAUUUUACUAAUUUAAAAAAAGCGUCUCACUGACGCCGGAGCCAUGGACUACACCAUCGUUGUGUCUGCCACCGCCUCCGAUGCCGCUCCACUCAAAUUCUUGGCCCCAUACAGUGGCUGCGCCAUUGGAGAGCACUUCCUUGACAACGGCAAGCACGCCCUCAUCAUCUUCGAUGAUUUGUCCAAGAAAGCCGCAAACUGCCACGUUGUCUGCAGAACUGAUGAAAUCGAACUUGAUAUUCUGAACAGAAUGGAAGAAGAUAUCAAGCUGCAUCCGUUAACUUGGUACGAUAUAUGGAGUUCAUUGGAGACUAAAAUAAAAGUUGUUCGGGCCCGAAUUCCAAAGAGUCUAUCUCGGAGAUAACGAAGAGGACGAAGAGGAAGGAGCGGACGAGGAGGACGAAUAGACGAGAUUGCCAUACAAAUAUCAGUUCGAGCAUUUUUUUUUCAAUUUAGCAAAAAGCUACUUCAAUCCCUGAUUCAAUUUUUUAAAAAUCCCAUUUCCUAAAGCCCUCACUCGUGCUCUCCCAAAUUAUCAUGCGAAUUUUGUUUCUUUUAACAUCUGAUUCCAGUCAUAUAUAUGAUCAUAUUCUGAUUGAAUUGUAUUUCUUUGGAAUUUUCUCGUGUCGCAUAUUGCAAACUCAUGUGUUAUAUUUAUUACAAUGUGAUUUGGCUGAUAAACUAUUCCGAAGCCAAUACCUUUUUUCAAUUUUUGUAUAUUACACUUUAAGAAUGCUUUUUUGUCUGUCAAAUUCUUAAUAUUUAGUUUUCUGAACUUAAAAAAAGGCAGCCGCUGACA